AUGUCCAGACAGCGCUGUAACCUCCUAGUGGCUGGGGUGUUUGCUGUGGGGUUGGUGGAUUCACUGAUACUGACGUGUUUUACGUUUCGACUGUCAUUCUGCCACUCCAACAUCAUCAAUCAUUUCUACUGCGACUUCCUGCCACUGCUGACCCUCUCCUGCUCUGACAUCCGUACCGCUCAGAUUGCUCUACUUGCUUCCAUGUGCUACAUUGUAGCGAUCAGCCUUGUGACCAUUCUUCUCUCCUAUAUCUGUAUCAUCUCCACCAUUCUGCAGAUCCGCUCUGCCGAGGGCCGGUACAAAGCCUUCUCCACCUGCGCUUCCCACUUCUGUGCGGUGGGCAUGUUUCAUGGCACGCAACUCUCCUUGUGUUUCCUUCCCAUCUCCAGCAGUUCCAUAGCCGUGGAUAUGGAGUGUUUCUUGCUGGCCGUGAUGGCGUACGACCGUUACGUGGCCAUCUGUAACCCACUGCUCUAUUCGGUCAUCAUGUCCAGACAGCGCUGUAACCAGCUGGUGGCUGGGGUGUUUGCUGUGGGGUUGGUGGAUUCCCUGAUACUGACGUGUUUUACGUUUCGACUGUCAUUCUGCGACUCAAACAUCAUCAAUUAUUUCUCCUGUGACUCCCUGCCACUGCUGGCCCUCUCCUGCUCUGACACCCAUACCACUGAGAUUGUGAUACUUGCUUCCAUGUGCUACACUGUAGUGAUCAGCCUUGUGACCAUUCUCCUCUCCUAUGUCUGUAUCAUCUCCACCAUCCUGCGGAUCCGCUCUGCUGAGGGCCGGUACAAAGUCUUCUCCACCUGCGCCUCCCACUUGUGUGCAGUGGGCAUGUUUCACGGCACGCAAGUCUACUUGUGUUUCCUUCCCAUCUCCAGCAGUUCCGUAGACAUGGGUAAAACAGCCUCUGUGUUUUACACAGUAGCCAUCCCCAUGUUAAACCCCCUCGUCUACAGCCUGAGGAACAGGGAGGUGAAGGACGCCCUAAGGAAAGCAAAGAAUAAACUGGUAACCAAGUCUUGA